AUGAAGGACCAAUUUCCGAAUAAAAAGAGCUUUUUUGAGGCCCUUGACCGACUGGAUGAUCCGGAUGAGAGCUGGGGGAGUCUCAUAACUUCCGCCGACAAAGAAGUUGACAGACCUAAUCCAAAUAAAGCCGCUCUUUCCUCGGAGUGUAUUCCACUUUCUCGAGCAAAUUCAGAGCCUAUAUCCUCGUGUGACAUUCAGAGGAAGAAAAGCAGUCCGGUUGCUGUCCCCAGACCUACUCCUGCGAACCGCCCUCGAACGACUGGAACUCUGCCUACCAUCAAGAACGGAGGACCUCCUCAAAAGAAAAGAAAGACCAACAAUGCUAAGAUAAUCCCAGAUGACCAGCAGAUCUUCAAGGGAUUGAUCUUCUUCUUCUUCCCAAACAACGAUGUAUCUCCCUUCCGACGGUUGCGCAUUCAACGAGCACAAGAUUAUGGUGCACGAUGGAGUCGAAAUUGGGCCACUGAUGUCACUCAUGUGAUCAUGGACAAAGACCUGCUAUCAAGCGAUCUCCUUAACUACCUCAAACUCGAAUCUCUACCAACGAAUGUUGCUCUUGUCAAUGAAUCCUACCCCUCAGAAUGUAUCCAGUUUCGUUCGGUUCUUGAUACCUCACACCUCCGAUUUCGUGUGAAUGGAACCCCGACGACCGAGAAGGAGAAGUCUGCAGUGACAGAACCACCACCCCCCGAUUCCCUUCCAUUGAAACAAUCGCGGCGGGAGAAAAAUCAGUCCCCGAAAUCUUAUUUGUCUCCAAUUGAGGAAUUGACGCCAAAUCCAUUACCAAAGGACUUCAUGGAAACCGUGCCCGAAAGUGUUUCUCACGCCGUGAUCUCCGAACCGGUCCAUGAAACUGAAACGGAAGAGGCGUGUGAAAGAUCAAACUGGGAGCGAGAUGCGCUCGAUGAUAUAAUUGACGAAGCAAAGGCUAUAACUCAUCUGCCUCUGGAUCCACUUGAAUCUCCCAUUGACGAAUCUGCUGCUGAUGCCUCCGAUAUCGAAACUUCGAGCUCAGGGGAGGAGUCAAGCUGGAAGACACCAAAAAUACCCACUCGAAAAGGCAAAGGCAAGGACAAAUCUGACUGGAUCAAAAAUUUUGCCUGUAUGCAAAAGUUUGAUCCGGACACGAACCUUGAUAAUCCAAACAACAGAACAGUCGAGAUACUUCAGCAAAUGCUAGAAUACUAUACCCAGACUGCAGACCAGUGGCGGAUUAUAGCCUAUCGCAAAGCUAUCACCGCUUUGCGAAAGCAACCGAACAAGAUUACUACACAGGCACAGGCUCGGGCCAUCCCUGGUAUCGGAGAGCGGUUGGCUGACAAGAUCGAAGAAAUUGUACUGACUAACCGCCUUCGUCGGCUCGAGAACACCAAUAACACCCCAGAAGACUUGAUAAUCCAGGAAUUCCUCGGCGUCUAUGGUGCCGGUAUUUCCCAGGCCUCCAAAUGGGUCGCUCAGGGCUACAGAUCUCUAAAGGAUUUGUUGGAAAGGGCUCCAUUAACCAAGCAGCAGCGCAUUGGGGUGGAACGCCACAGCGACUUCGCACAAAGAAUCCCCCGCAAGGAGGUCGAAGCCCACGGAGCGAUUGUGCGAAAGGCGGUGCAGGCUGUGGAUAGGGAUAUGCAGGUGAUAAUCGCGGGCUCUUACCGCCGCGGGGCACUCACCUGCGGGGACGUAGACUGUCUGAUCACAAAACCUGGUGCCUCACUGGAGCAAAUCCGCACCAUGAUGCUUGGUCUUGUUGUUCCCAGAUUGUUCAACAGUGGCUUUCUGCAGGCCAGCCUUGCCAUCUCGUCGCAUCAGGAUGGAUCCAAAUGGCACGGUGCAUCAGCCCUACCUGGCACCACCCUGUGGCGUCGGAUAGAUUUGCUGUUCGUUCCCGAUGCAGAGAUCGGGGCAGCAUUGAUAUACUUUACGGGCAAUGAUAUAUUCAACCGGAGUAUGAGAUUGCUGGCACGCAAGAAAGGCAUGUGCUUGAAUCAAAGGGGUCUUUUUGGGGAUGUGCUUCGGCAUCAGCAAGUGAAACUAAAUGGGGGCCGGCUGGUUGAGGGCCGGGAUGAACGUCGGAUUUUUGCUGUGUUGGGUGUACCUUGGCGGCCUCCUGAGCACCGGAUCUGUUGA